AUGUCUCGUAGAACUCUAGAGCCAGCUUUGAGAAACUCCAACUCAGUCACCGUUUUACCCCUACAAGACAUAACUGAGACCAUCCAUGCAGACACCAUACCCAAUAACCGGCCGAAGCGAAGGACCAAGGUUCCGAAAGGGGCUUUGGGACGGAAACUUAAACGUACAGCUCAGCCUGCGGCACAGACCUCUUCUCUUCCACCCUCGUCUCCAAUCGGCCCAUCAUCAGCCGAUUUUCUUCCUAUCGCCAGCUCUGACGAUGGCAUUAAGCGUUUGCAGGAAGUUGAAGGACAGGGACAUGGGUUUUGGAUGGAUGAAGACAGGGAAGAGGAUUGGAAGGGGAAUAUAGAUUUCAGCUCGCAAUGUUACGAUGGAGACGGAAAUUACAUCGCACUACGGUUUCAAGAUGCAGCGGAGGAGGAGGUUCCGAUCGCAAAUGACCCAGAUCCUUUUGGAUUCUUUGCAGUGGAAGAGAAGUUGAAGGCCGAGCGGUCAAGGCAACCUUUGAAGCCUUCUAAACCGCUACUACCUCCAUCCAAACCGACAACUCUGCCGUUAAACCCUCCUUGUACUCCGCACAAACGGCGGAUUGGGAGGCAUGCAGUAACCGCUUCUUCGAGGAGUUCCAGUCCAGGGAGAUCCAAUAGAUUGCCAAGCUCACCUUCUCCUGCCAAACGUCCGUCUGAACGAUUUGUAACACGCGAAACAAAUCUGGACAAUGAUGAAGAGAUUGCACCCUUGAUAGUAGAUCACGAUGAUACGCCUCCAAAAGCGGAUGGGAGGAGAAAGAAGCCUAGGCGAGAUGAUAGUCCUGUCAGUCCCGAGCGACUGGCCAAGUCCUUGACUUGUCUUCUCCCAAGACGUCGUCGUAGAGGGAAGAAUCCUCGCACCUAUAAGGAUGAAGAUGAUAGCGAGGAUGAGCAGCCCACGGCCAAGAGGCAAACUCGACGCCGACAAAAGCCCAGAGAGGCCGUAAGGCAAGAUGAGGAUGGAGAGAUAGACGUUGACGUGGAGAGAAUGGCACAAGAACGUCAGGCACGGCUCGAAUAUUUUAAGAAACUGCAAAAUUAUGAAAUCGCGAAGGAGAAUGUCUACGUUAUAUAA